AUGUCGUUCCAUCUUUUGAGCCAGGCGAUGCAUGCGAAAAAGCCACCCGCCGCCCGUUCUACCACCGGGUACGGCUCAUACGACAAGUACACCUAUCGUUUGCCUUCGACCGAGGAGUUAGCGAACUCGACCAUUGUCCUGGAGAUCAAUCGCGGCCCGAAUGGAUGGGAGAGAAAGCGCAUCGAACCCGUCAACGUCUUGUCCCGUCCAAUCGAGGAUUACCUCCCCCCGCCGGGCUGCUAUUACGACAUGAUGCAGAUUGACAAAGUGUUCGGCAACAACCUCAUGAAGAAGCGUAACAAGUGCAUGUCCUGCUGGAAGCCGAAGCACGUCGACAGCCCCCGCGAAUGCGAUCAGGAGUGCGCGAUAUGCCAGACCGGGGAUCAUGUCGGAGAUGGAUGUCACGCCCUGUACAUGCCAAUGGUACUUUGGGAGUUACUUGGAUACAGGCCUCCGCAUGGCGAUCAGGUCCGUCCAGAGGCUGCUGAGCAGGUGUACCUCGUCCUCGCUGGCAUCAUCAUGCCCCAGGAGAACAAGACCUGGCCCAUCCGUCCGAAUAUGGAUCAUCCGCUGGUGCGCGAAUUCUACGAGGGUCGCGACUAUCCGGAACCACUACUCAAGAAGGCCAUCAUUGGGGCGAGGACACCUAAGACGAGUGACAGCCGAGUGAAGCUGAUCACAACACCCGCAGCGACCGUCAACGAGACGGAAGCAGCGCCCGUCCUGGCAACUGCCUUACCGACUACAGGUGCUGCAUCGGUCGAGUUCCCACCUCCGAACAUCGCGAAGCCGUAUACAGCGGCCAAAGGCAGCAUCGAACAAGAGCAGGAAGAGGAGCCCAGGGCUCUACAAGAGGUUGUGGAGGAUGAGAGUGUGGCGGAUGAACAGGUGUUGCCGCCGACAACGGUUGAGCAACUUCGUGAAGUGAUCGCGGAGAAGGAUGCGAAGCUGGUAGAGCAGGGCAAAGAGCUUGAAGAGGCGAAGAACCGGAUUCGUGAAUUGGAGAAGGUGGUAGCGAACGUUCGGUCUAGUAUUGCGAACGAAUCGAAUAAGCGCGCUAGGUGUUGA